UUGCCUUUUGACAGCAUUUAUUUGCCCUUCAAAGUCUUCUUCUUCUUCGUGCUUUCUCUUCCUUUCCCUUUCCUCACCCCAACAAAACCCUUCAACCAUUCCAUAUACAUCUAAUAAAUAUUAAGUUUUUUUAGCUUUAUAGUUUGAUUUUUUAUCUGUAAGUUUAUAAUUUAUAUAUAAUAAUAAUAACCGAAGAAGAUUUUGUUUCUAGGUGGUGGUUGUAUAUAAUUAUCUCUGGUACUUUCUCUCUAAGAGGGGAGUCAAAAAAAAAAAAAAAAACCCAGAAAAUUUAACUCUGCAGCUCUGUUCCUUUGGAAAAUUCGGAGACUGGUGGAUCGAAACAGUCGAUGUUGAGUAAUAUUGGGAGGGCUUAAGGUCGGGUUGAAUUUUAUGGAUAAUCUAUGUUGCUUCAAUUCUGUUUAUUCUCAGGUCGUUGGUGGACGGUCCUCAUGUAGCUCGGGAAAGGGCAAGAGCCAUCAGAGCCCAGUCAAGUAUGGCUUCAGCCUUAUUAAAGGGAAAGCAAAUCAUCCCAUGGAAGAUUAUCAUGUUGCGAAAUUUUCUCAGAUGCAAGGACAUGAGCUUGGACUUUUUGCCAUAUAUGAUGGGCAUUUGGGAGACAGUGUACCUGCCUAUUUACAAAAGAACCUAUUUUCUAAUAUCUUGAAGGAUGAAGAGUUCUGGACCGAUCCCAGCAGGUCUAUUUGUAAAGCUUAUGAGAGAACGGACCAGGCAAUUCUUUCUCACAGCCCCGACCUGGGGCGAGGAGGAUCCACAGCAGUUACUGCCAUUCUGAUAAAUGGCCGGAAGUUAUGGAUUGCCAAUGUUGGAGACUCACGAGCAGUUCUCUCAAGGAGGGGGCAGGCAAUACAGAUGAGUACUGAUCAUGAACCCAACACUGAGCGUGGCAGCAUUGAGAACCGAGGCGGCUUUGUCUCAAACAUGCCAGGAGAUGUUGCCCGGGUCAACGGUCAGCUGGCGGUUUCUCGAGCAUUUGGAGACAAAAACCUCAAGUCGCACUUGCGAUCUGAUCCUGACGUUAGAAAUGCUGAUAUUGACUCGGAUACUGAUCUUCUCAUCCUUGCGAGUGACGGUUUAUGGAAGGUCAUGUCUAACCAAGAGGCAGUCGAUAUGGCGAGAAGGACCAAAGAUCCUCACAGGGCGGCGAAGCAGUUAGCAAGCGGGGCACUAAAAAAAGAUAGCAAAGAUGACAUAUCCGUCAUUGUAGUUCGUUUCAAGGGGUGAAACACACAUCGAAAAACAUUACUACUUGAGAUUCUGGGAUUUGUUCUCCGGGGCGUGGAUCGCAAUCUUAUGUGUCAACCCCAGUUUGGAAAUCUCACAAAAAUCGAUCAUAAGUUUGGAGUUUGUUUCCAGAAAGUAGGUCAUAUGUAAUUUGCUUGUACUUUUUUCCUCCCCAUCUUGCAGCCAUGUAAAAUUUUUCCUUGUUGCUUAUAGUUUGCGUGGUUUUAUAUUACUGCUAUUUCUUCGAUGUGUAGAUACAUAUACCAAUGAUUUGUCUUCUGUAAUUUGCAAUACGACUUCAAAGUACUGUGGAGUCCGUCAGACGUCCAAUUUAUAUGUUACUGCUUGUAGUGGAGAAUAACGUUUUAUGUACGGUAUACUAAGAACGAUACGCUUUAUCCAAGUGAAUUAUUGUAUUACAUUUGUGCCAGAA